AAGGUCGACUGAUAGUAGUUCAACUACCGCUCUUAUUAUUCCUCCUAUUAUUACUCCAGCGCCAACGCCAACGCCAACAAAACCUACUAGUCAUAUUAGCAGUGAAUUACCAAUUACAAGCCUGCAACCUACACCGUCUUACAAAGCAUUCUUACCAAAUAGUGGAGGCAAUGUUAAAAGUAGUUGGUUUAAAGAUAUGGAGAUAUGG